AUGAACACCCGCGACGGGCGCUCUGAGAUCUUUUCGAACCGCCCCGAUCGGUACGCAAGCCGCUACAGUCAUUAUGAAACUGCCUUCGAGAUUUUACAAGACAAUCAAGCACUAGCAUACAUCUUACUUGCUAUCAUUUCGAUUUCUGCCUUCCUCGGGUACCUCGGACUUGUUCCCAUAUCGCUAUUCUACCUCCCCUGGGAUCUCAUCGUCUACUUUACACCCUCUCGAAUCGUUAUCGCUUUGGAUCCUAACUCCCUAGCCUCAUCGCAUUUGUCCUUCCAAGAGAAAAACGACGCCAUGAAGCGGAUCUUUGGCUUAGAUAGUAAGCCCUAUUUCCCCUUCUUCUCCCGGUCAAAGUCGCUUUCUAUCUUCGGAAAUGCGCUACUAGGAAACACAAAGGAUGUCACGCCCCCAGGGCUCGGAAACUGGAACAACUCGUGUUUCCAGAACAGCGUCAUACAGGGAUUGGCUUCUUUGAAAUACCUCGCCGAGUUUCUGGGACACAACGUGGACAACGUCUCGGGCAAAGCUUCUGUCUCGACGCACAAGGCACUACUAGACCUCAUCGACUGUCUGAAUAGUGCCUCCAAAAGCGGAACCAAGCUGUGGAUCUCAGGGCCUCUCAAGUCCAUGAGUAGCUGGCAACAGCAAGAUGCCCAAGAGUAUUUCUCCAAGUUGCUUAGUCAAAUUGACCACGAGGCUGAGAUGUGCUCACGUGGAGAGACUGUGAAUAUGGGAUUGAAAAUUGCAGGACCCGAUGAGAACAUAUUCCGAGACAGCGACUGUGAGGGUUCGACGGCGCAUUGGGAACCUGAAUCGCUGCCAUCAACAGAUAAACUCUAUUUUGAUAUGAUUUCAUCUUGGAAUCCUCUCGAAGGCCUACUCGCUCAACGGGUUGGGUGCAUGGAAUGUGGGUGGACGGAAGGGCUCUCGAUGAUACCUUUCAACUGUCUCACUGUCCCUCUGGGCAAAAGAUCUGUGUACGACGUUCGCGAGUGUUUGGACCAAUACAUGACGCUUGAGGCUAUUGAAGGCGUGGAAUGCGCUAAGUGCACGCUAUUGCAUCGGCAGCAGCAGCUCAUCAACUUGAUCAAUGGGUUUGAAGCCGAUGAGAGCCAGCCAGACAGCCCCGACGAUUCUCGACCAUUCGAUGCCGUGAAACAGUCAGCCUGCUCGCGCUUAGAGGCUGUCAAGACGGCUUUGGACGGCAAUGAUUUCAGCGAAAGCACAUUGGCAAACGAGUGCCACAUCAACUCAAAGAACCGAGUCACAACUACGAAAUCCCGACAAGCCGUCAUUGCGCGGGCUCCCCGCUGUCUUGCUAUCCAUAUCAACCGCAGUGUUUUCGAUGAGAUGACUGGGAUGCUGGAGAAGAAUCUUGCCGCAGUCGCAUUUCCUCAGGCGAUUGAUUUGAACAAUUGGUGUCUUGGCACUAGAUCUCUCAGUAAAUCUGGCGACUCUUCUGAGCAAUGGGAAACAAACCCCUCGCGGUCCAUGCUUCCACAGCCUGGCGAAUCAAUUCAAGUCCCCAGCAGACAGUAUCAAUUGCGCGCAAUCAUCACCCAUUACGGCCGACAUGAGAAUGGGCAUUAUAUCUGCUAUCGCAAGUAUCCAACCUCGGAAUUCACUGCUCCUGCAUCGGACGAGAUCCUUCAAGCUGAAGGUGAUAAGGACAAGUCUGAGCGUUGGUGGCGCCUCAGCGACGAUGAUGUGCAGAUGGUUAGUGAAAAUCAUGUGAUGAACCAAGGAGGUGCUUUCAUGCUGUUCUACGAAGCUGUGGAUGAUUCCGCCUCGCCGUUUUCGACUCGAUCUGCAACUCCAGAAUCUGACCUAUACGACGGCGGGUAUGCAGAGUCAACUCAGUUCGGAAGUGUCGAAUCAAUGUGCAACUUGACCAUGCCAAAAAGCACUUCCACUCCAUCUACUGUCACCGACUUUGAAUCUGCUACUUCCCAUGAAACCAGUAUCUCGUUGCCGAUGGACGACAUCCUUCCUGCCGAUCUGCCUUUGAAGAUUCCGAACGUGAUCGACCGUGAUGCUGAACGGGAUGAUGAACUAGAAUCGCCUUCUACCGUCAUUACAUAA